AGGUGCGGACAAUAUUUGAAUUGGAUUGCCACGUAUAUUAAACGCAGCCUAAGGAAUGUUUUUUCUUAAAUACAUGUGUUCAUUUAUUAAUUGAAGUACAGGUCAUGGACCAGUCAACAAAACAAAGGAUGAGAAUUGGUGCAAAGGCUCUUUUGAUGUACACCCAGCAAGCCAGUAGAGCAUCCUCCUGUUGACUAUAAUAGAGCCUUAUGUUGGGGAUUACAACUGUUGCACUUUCAAUAAAAAGUUCCAGAAAGAGACCCCUAAAUGCCACGCUUAAUGCCAUGCCACCGGGGGGCAGCAGCACAUCAAAUGUGCCACGGAUGCAACUCGCGACGUGCACCUGCAGCUGCUGCUCUGUCUGUCAGUGAUCAUGUGGUGGCGUGAUGACUCCGCCUUUGACACCUAGCACCGUGUUUAUUUACAAUAUGAAAAUAGACACGCCCAGAUUAUCUCCACAAGCGGUUAAGUUUCAAACAGGAAACUUCUGCUGUUAAGUUUUGCACUAGUUCGUUCGUGUCAUAGGCUUUACUGAUGCCUAAACCUUGCAUGAUAGUUUAAAUUUAGCAAGUGAUCAUUCUGCAAACUCCAUCAACGGCGACGCCUAUGACAUCGCAUGGCUUUACUGCAUGAAGACAGCAGCCAGCGUUAGGCCUUUAACGAUCUAUGUUUCAUUUCGGUUUUAUUAUUAAGUGAACUAAUUCAGUAAGACAGAUGAGCUCGUUUUACGAAGGAAAAGAUCCUAAUGAGUUAGGGUUGGAAGAAGAACUAAGUCAAGUGAACUGCCAAGAUGAGUUGGAAUUUGAUUACCUGUUUGAAUACGAACCACCCCGGGAAGAUCAAGAUGAGCAAAAUCUCUCUUCACAAAGAGUCCUCAGUCCUGCGUCUGGUCUGGCCUACCCCCUUGAGGAGGCUUCCCCCUACGGCAUCAAGUGCGUCCCAGCCUACAGCGAGCACCACCCGGACGGCUUGUCUGGUUAUGAGCACCAGGAGGCCAGAAACUACCUGGACAGCUCCAGGCCUGGGGGCAUCUCCGUGAGCCCCAGGAUUGAGAUCACCCCGUCACGUGAGCACUACAGCCAUGGACGAGACUCCCUGCAGAGCAACCCUCUGAACGCCAGCCCCCGGCCCACGCUGACCGUCCCGGGCCACGACGGCCUCACCUACCGCGAGCCCCCGUGCCUGAGCCCCGCCAGUAGCAACUCCUCCACCAGCUGGCACUCAGAGAAUUACUCCCCUUGGGCCUCCCCCUGUGUGUCUCCUAGUAGUGGCCAAGCCGGGGCAGGGGACCUCUGCCCCCGCUUCCAGAGCAUCCAAACCGGUUCCCCCCGCACCUCCCCGAGCACCUCCCCCCGCACCGAGGAGGGCUGCCUCGGCCCCCGCUCACCAUCCCCGUCUCUCAGGCCGGGAUCCCGCUCCACCUCGCCGCAGUGCAAGCGGACCUACGACAACAUGUACAGGAGCCCCAACCUGGUCACCGGGAUCCGCUCCCGCAGUCCCUCGCCCCACAGCGGCCACGAGGAGCACCCGCGGCAGAAUGCAGCGCUCAACUACGGGAGCCACAACAGUCUGGUUGAGGCCAUGAACGGCUAUGGCGCGGUCCAACCCGGUCUGGUGCCCAACAAGAUAGUGAAGACAACCAACCAGUCGUACCCCCUCUACCCGGAGAACCACGGGGAGGUCAACUAUGUGUUGUCCGGUGAGCAGGACGUUAAGAAUAAAACCGGGGCAGAUUCCUUCUUUGUUCUCCCUCCCAACUGGACCAAGCAGCUGAUGCCCAACCUCUGCAGCAUCCCAGUGUCUUCGCUGCCCCCACUGGAGUGGCCCGUGCCCAGCCGCACAGACCAGUACGAGCUCCACAUUGACGUGCAGCCCAAGCCCCACCACCGAGCCCACUAUGAGACAGAGGGAAGCAGGGGUGCGGUCAAAGCCCCCACUGGAGGUCAUCCUGUUGUCCAGUUGCAUGGAUACCGGGGAAAGGAUCCACUGGGCCUUCAGAUCUUUAUCGGGACGGCAGAUGAGAGGAUUCUAAAGCCACACGCUUUCUACCAGGUCCACCGCAUCACAGGCAAGACGGUCACCACCACCAGCUACGAGAAGAUCAUCAACUCCACCAAAGUCCUGGAGAUCCCUCUGGAGUCAAAGAACAACAUGAAAGCAAUAAUCGACUGUGCUGGGAUCCUGAAGCUCAGGAAUGCCGACAUCGAGCUGAGGAAAGGCGAGACGGACAUUGGAAGGAAGAACACUCGUGUGCGUUUAGUGUUCCGUGUCCACAUACCCCAACCCAACGGGCAACACGUCUCACUACAAGUGGCCUCACAUCCCAUCGAGUGCUCCCAGCGGUCGGCCCACGAGCUGCCCAUGGUAGAGAAACAAGACAUGGACAGCUGCUCUGUCCUGGGCGGUCAGCAGAUGAUCCUGACGGGACAGAACUUCAGCUCUGACUCCAAGGUCAUCUUUACAGAGAAAACCCAUGAUGGACAGCAGAUAUGGGAGAUGGAGGCGACUGUAGACAAAGAUAAAUGUCAGCCUAGUCUGCUGUUUGUUGAGAUCCCCUCCUAUCGUGAUCCGUCCAUCUGCCACCCGGUCAAAGUGAACUUCUAUGUAAUCAACGGGAAGAGGAAGCGCAGCCAACCACAGCACUUCACGUAUACUCCCCUGGCAGUUCCUUCCAUUAAGACGGAGCCUGUUGAUGACUAUCCAUUCGCCAUGCCCCAGAUCCUGGGUUUGUCUCCCCAGUCCUACUACCAUCACAGCCCAGGUUCCCGUGGGAUCAUCCACCCGGACAACGGCCUGGUCUCCAGCCUGGCAUCCUGUCAGCAGGCCCGCUACGGCCUCCCCGGCCCUGACCCCCGCUUCCAGCAGCACAGCCCGGCCAUCGUGCACUCCCGCGGUGGCAAGAGCCUCAGUGGCCCGUACCAGCAGACAGGAGGCCUGGGGAUGAGUCCCGAGCCACAUCGCUCUGUCCUGGUGCACACGAGCUCCCCGGCCCAGUCGUCGCCCCUGGGAGCUCAGCAGCACCACGGAGGGGACCAGGGCCAACACCCCUCCAUCAUCCAGUUCUCCCCCACCAACCAGCCGCUGCUGCGGGGGGGUGACCCGCCGCCCCCCCAGCCGCCCGACAACCAGCAGCACAUCAUCUACUGUGAUGGGUACCCUCAGGAGACUGGACCCCAGGCCCACUCGCCCAUCCCGGCCCACUCCCCCCAACAGUACCCCACCACGGUUAUCCAACAGCAGCCCUACGCGCUCAAGGUGGCGCCCCGGGGCAGGUCUCCCCCUGUAGGGGUGGAGGCCCAGAGGUGCGCCCCCACCGGAGAGGAACAGAGACCCAGCCUCGCCGGAGAACGAGUCACGGUGAAGGAGGAGAACCUUGAUCAAAUGUACCUUGAUGACGGUGAGUUAAACGAGAUCAUAAGGAAGGAUCUGACUGGCGUGCAGGCCAGAGGUCACACAUAGGAAACAGGAAGUGGACAGCUGCAGCUCACUCUGCAUCGCCAUGGGAACCUCCUCUUCUUUCCUGUGUGCCCAUCUCUUUAUCAGCCCUAUAUCAACACCUGCUACCAGCCAUUUGGCCCCUUUGUCCGUUUCCUUCAUAUAAAGGGCCCCUUAUACCCAAUGCCAAAGAAUGUGCUGCCAAGGAUAAUCUUCCUAUUUUUUAAGCUCUAAAAAAAAAAUAGGAUUGUGUCUUGUUUUAUUGCUACAUAAUUUAAUCUGAUUCAAUGGAACAGUUUAUACAAUGACUGAGGUGGGAAAUUCACAAGCAAGUCACAAUCAAUCCCGUUCUGUUGCUGUAGAAAGGUUGGUGUUAAACCAUUAUGCAAAAACUUUCACUCUCGUACCGAUCUUGUUGACAGUUCUGUCACCUUUACACUGUGAAGUGUAUUCCAUUAGCUGUGCAAUUCAAUGACAAAAAUUGUUCUUCAGCUUACUUUGAUCAUCUCAUCUCGCUACUCUAAAUGACAAGCGUACUGCCAUGCUAAUAACCAAAUAAAUAUUUAAUUGUAAUUUCAUCUUCCCAUAUUCUUGCUUGUGUAGCUUACUUUUCUUUGUGUUGUAUGUUUUUAUUUUCUUCUAUGUACCAGUUUGUUACCACACAUGAAAUUCUAGGAAAUCAACGUUAUUUCAAUUUGAAAGUUAUAUGCACUGUUUAUAGGGGAAUAUCUGCGUAGGUAUAUUCUUACAUAGUGUGUCGUCUUUCCAUUGUUUAUUGAUUUGUUCUUCAUUAUAUUUGGGUCACGUGAUACAUGUAUAUUACUGUAUAAGCAGUUGAUUUGCCAAAGAUGCCUUUUCUAGGCCAGUGAUGAUGCAGAUAAUUUUGAAAACCUUGGAGGAAAAAAGCAAUGUAUCUUUCCUAAUGAAUAAUUAUUGGAUAUUGAAUUACACACAAAAGGAUUAGGUGGAAAUGCAAUUGUGAAUUUAACCCAGUUAUUAUAUGUGCAGGUUGAAUUUUAAAAUACAACAUUUAAAAGGGAGUCAUUCAUUUUUACUUGUGUGUUCCUAGUUGAUUAUAAACCAAUUUGAAUGUAACAUUACAUCAAUUUUCAAAUCUGUGUCAUUUUUGGUUCCACCUGAGAAAUGCAUAAAAUGUGUAUAACAUAUAUUUUAACAUACUUAUUUCUAUUUAUUUUGGGUGUAAUUAACCAGCGUUAAGGACAAUUCACAUUUUAUUUCCAGUCAAGUACUUCAGAUUCAAAACAGUCUUCAUUGUAAAGUAUUGAAGACAAUUGGAAUGUUGAUUCAAUUGGAAUUUAAAUGGAAUUUACCCUAACUUUGUAAGUAAUAUAAAUGUUUUCAGGCAAUAACAAUCAAUAUUAUAGUAUAUGCAGUGCUUAUACUAUACGUGUUUUUCUUCUUUACUGUACUGUACAUAUACCUUACAUUUCCAAAAUAAUUCCAUAUUUCUAAGAUGGGCUAUGCUUUUUUGGGUCACGGUCAGAUUGUAUGUACAUUCAAACAUGGACUUUUCCAAGUGCUCAAAGUGCAUUUAUAUUGUAAGCUAGAAUAGCUUUUUGAUGCAUAUCAACUAAAAUAUGUUCAAUAUUUUAAACAGUUUCUAUACAGAAAAAUACACUUUAAAAACAUUACAAAUACUAUCCAAAAGUGUAAACCUGACCAGUGUACCAGUAAACAGAUUAUGUAAAAUGUGCUUUUAUUUGCUAUGAAAAUACAUCAAUAGGCUUUAUGUAUUAUGGUCGUUGUUAUCUUCCUGGGGUCCAAACAAAACAGAAAACAGAAUAGACAGGUACAGUACAAAGAGAGAAGAACAUAGAUAGUUCUAGCUUUUAGUUGUUACAAAUGUUUUUUUAAUUGAGCCAUUCUGCCAAUGUACAGCAUACAGUGUGUUUGAAAUAUCUUGAAUGUAAACUUUACUGAAUUGUAAAUAGUAAUGCUUCUGUUAGUCUUCUUUUUUAAUUUGAAGUUAAGUGUAAGUCGAAAAUAUGUUCUAUGAACUGCAUCAGUUGUUUUCAGGCUUUGUCUUUCUUUUGUCUAAGUACUAUACAAAAAGCCAUAUAUACAGCUGUCAGGAUGUGGCAUAAUACUCAGUUUAUUCUAAUAUUUGAAAUCUGCUUUAGAGAAACAGGUUAUAUUUUUGUUUCAGAUGUCUUACAAGUUUUAUAAACACAUCUGUGCUUGAGUGAAGACAGUCCUCUGUAGUUUUUAUUUUGCUUGAUAAUCCACAUUAUAUGUUUUCAUCAUCUUUUGUAUGUUUCCUUAAAACAACGUUGGGUGUCAUUUUCAUCUCUAUUUUUUCAGAGGCAAAACAUGUAUUUUUAAACUAGCAAUAAA